CUCUUCUAUCGAUUAAAAAAAGAAAAAAACUAUACAAACAAUUUAUAUCAAUAUUGUCGGCUGGGACAAGCCUACAAAACAACCAAAAUGGAUGAGAUUAGACAGUAGCGUUACUGGACUGGACCUCAACCUGUAACACAAAGCCGCCCAAAUUAAAAAUAUCCCAACCUCUCUCUCUCUCUCUCUACAAUUUGCGGCCAUGGCGGUUGCGGCACCAUCUCACCUGACCAGAGACCAGUACCUCUACCUAGCCAAGCUCGCCGAGCAAGCAGAGCGCUACGAGGAGAUGGUCAAGUACAUGGAGCACCUCGUCGUCGCUGCCACCGCCUCCUCCGCCGAGCUCACCGUCGAGGAGCGCAACCUCCUCUCCGUCGCCUACAAGAACGUGAUCGGCUCCCUCCGCGCCGCAUGGCGGAUCGUGUCGUCGAUCGAGCAGAAGGAGGAAGGCAGGAAGAACGAGGAGCACGCGGCGCUGGUCAAGGGGUACAGGGCCAAGGUCGAGUCGGAGCUCUCCGCCGUGUGCGGCGGGAUCCUGGGGAUUCUGGAUUCUCACCUGAUUCCGUCGGCCGCCGCGAGCGAGUCCAAGGUGUUUUACUUGAAGAUGAAGGGGGAUUACUUUAGGUACCUGGCGGAGUUCAAGGUUGGGAGUGAGAGGAAACAGGCCGCGGAGGAUACUAUGCUAUCCUACAAGGCUGCUCAGGACAUUGCACUUGCUGAUCUUGCUCCAACGCACCCUAUAAGGUUGGGUCUGGCGCUCAACUUCUCAGUGUUCUACUAUGAGAUUCUAAAUGCAUCAGAGAAAGCUUGUAGCAUGGCUAAACAGGCUUUUGAGGAAGCCAUUGCUGAGCUCGACACUUUGGGUGAGGAGUCUUACAAGGACAGCACUCUUAUCAUGCAGCUACUCAGGGACAAUCUCACUCUUUGGACUUCUGAUAUGCAGGAGCAAAUAGACGAGGCUUGAGAAUAUGGGCUGGUCUACUCCUCAAGGGAGGUGGGCUUCACUGCCUUAAUUUGGGUGUAAUUUGCAUAUAUAACUGCACAUGUUUUCAUUUUUCAUAGCAUGUACUGUGAUGCUUUGCUUAUUGUAAUUUAUGGUUUUCGAAUCCGAUGCUUUCAGUUUUAUGUAUUUCGUUAGCGUUGUAAAGUAAAUUAAGAAGUUGAAAAGGUGAAUCCCUGCGGUCUGAGCAGGAUUAAUUUCUCAGCACCAAAGUUUGAAAUGAAAUUCCGCAAGGCAUGUAAAGUAAAUUGUGAUUGCUUAUUCUCGAUUCAAAUACAGUUUUUCUUUCUUUCA